CGGCGCUUUGUCGUCCAACACCUUGAAUCAGCAGGGGCCGAGCUGCAUCCCAACUGGCGCGUCAUCGUUUUCGACGCCCACGUGCGAGAGUGAGGACCCGCGAACACGUUCUGGCGGGAGGCCGCCAGGAGCUGGGUUUUUACCUCAGAAUCGGAAUAAUCCAUAUAACUACAUCUCCGGUGACUCAGCGGCAUCAUCGGGACCAACCACUAGUAGUGGCCCUCCGAAUAUCGUGACAGAUCUUCCACUCACUGACAGCUUUGCUGGGAGCGUGUCAACUCCGGUAUCCAUACUUGCCUCACCUUCGGCAUUCG